CUUCCAUUAGAACAACAGCAGAGCCAUGGGAACAGAGAAUUCCAAACAUGCUCCUCCCCCUUCACCUGCUCCAUUGUUCGAUAGACCAUGGAGGACAAUUGAGUGGGGCACUGGCAAAACUGCCAAUCUGUUGUACUUGAAGACCUACAAACCUCAGGCUGAGGGUCGGCAGCUCAGGAUUCUCCUUCAUGGUCCGGCCGGAGCUGGAAAGUCCAGUUUCAUCAACUCUGUCAGCAGUGCCUUAAAAGGGAGAAUAUGCACACUGGCUUUGGUGGACAACACCUCUCACGACUCUUUCACCACAACAUAUUUAACCUACAACAUCCAAAAAGACAAACCAGGGACCUUUUACCCUUUUGUCUUCAACGACAUCAGGGGCCUGGAUCCACAGAGAGGCGUCCUAGUGGAUGACAUCGAACUGGCUUUGAUGGGACAUGUGAAGGAAGGCUACAUGUUCAAUCCUGGAUGUAAAUUGUCAGAAGGCAACGAGUUCUACAACAAAUCUCCAACUGAUAACGACAAAGUGCACGUUCUGGUUUGUGUGGUUCCUGCUAACAAAUUAUCUUCAAUGAACGACAAAACUGUGUGGGAAAUUCGGGACGUCAGAUUGAAAGCCAGUCGCCUGGGGAUUCCUCAAGUGGCCAUUCUCACAAACGUUGAUCAGGCCUGUUCAGAGACAAAGAAAGAUUUAAAGAAUGUCUACAGGAGCAGGUACAUUAAGGAGAAGAUGGAGCAGUUCAGUGCAAAUGUGGGUAUUCCCAUGAACUGCAUCUUUCCUGUCAAGAACUACCAUGAAGAAAUCAAGCUAAAUGAUGAUACUGAUGCUCUCAUCCUGAGCGUCCUGAGACACAUCAUCAACUACGGAGAUGACUUCAUCAACUGGAAAGCUGAAUAAUGUGGAGCCAGAUUCAUACUUGUUUGAUUUUGCCAAGAAAUUAAUUCACAUAUCCUCAUUUAAUGAAAAUCCUAAUAACAAAUAAAUAAAAUAAAUUCUAUUCUACUCUUAUGUAUUUAUCUGUGGUUAAAGUGUCCCAUAUACAGAUGUUCUUCAAUUGGCACAAAUUUUUGGUAUAGACUUUCAGUGAUGUUUCUGUCAUUAUGUGUUUUAACUGUCUGAACAUUACCUUACAAGCUAACAGCUGGCUUUGGCCACACAAAGUAUAGCAUUAAGUUUGCAUGUUGACGGCUGAUACUUUCUUUGUCAGUGUAAUCAAACUACAUUAUUCAAAUAUGUUAGAAGUUCCUAGGUACUUGGAGACCAGAUCCUCCCAGUCCAGCUGAAGUGUGUCUGAGAAAACAGCCCAGGCAAACUGGCUGUACACUUCAGAUGCACAGGUUCAACCAGCAGGGGGUUCCACCCACCCAGCUUAUAAAAAGGUUUUAGUUGAUUUAAACAUGUACAUUGAAUGAAGAUUAGACCACUUUUCAUAAAUAUAAUUGUUUGUAUUGUCUUGACUUGGUUCUGCUCAAUGAUUAAAGUCAGCCCUGUAGCCUUUCAACCGGUAAGUCCACCUAUUAGCCAUCUUGCUGUUUUUUGUUGGUUGUUGCCAUCUGUUGGACCAGUGGAGCUACUAUUGAUUACACACCUUUUUUUACUCCCAUUUAUUUGUAUUACAUGUAGGAUCAGGAGGAGCCUGUGUUGAAUUAGUGUGUAUCACUGCUGGGAUGAUGCAUGUUAGGAAAGAAAAUAUAGAAUAGACUCGUUUUGCAGUUAAUUCUAUACUGUUUUACUUCAUAUUAUCGAUAUUAAAAUGCUUAAAAGUAAAAAAUGAAUGCAUUUAUUUAUUCAAAAUAUUAAAUGAUUAUAAUGUAUUACAUUUGCACCGUUUAUUGACUGAAUGCCAGAGUAUUCAUACAACAGCUGUGCUAAAAACUGGUUAGAAAAGUUACAAAUGCUGCAGAAUAAUAAGAA